GUCGUGGCGUCAUCACGGCGCGACAACCAGCUGGCUACGCAGUUGUUUGUUUGAUCGGAUUUGUUCUACUUUCUGUCCGCGGAUGAGUUGAUAGAACUCCGUUUAAAGCGCCGCAGGAACCUAGAUUAGACCCGGACCAGGACCCGGACAGGACCCGGACCAGACCCGGACCAGACCCCAGCCCGGCUCCGCGUCGCGCGCUGUAUGUUCGGAGAGCUUUGAGAAGAAUGCUAACUGUUAGCUGCCGUUAGCUCAGAUUAGCUCGGUGUGCGUUCAAUCCUUCGUUUCUGACAUGGAGUAUCCCGGAGGAGGGGGGGCGGUGCUGGGCGGCGGGAACGUCCCGGCCUUUCUCACCAAGCUGUGGACCCUGGUGGAGGACCCGGAUACGGACCCACUCAUCUGCUGGAGCCCGAGUGGGUCCAGCUUCCACGUGUUCGAUCAGGCUCGUUUCUCUAAAGAAGUUUUACCAAAGUUCUUCAAACACAACAACAUGGCGAGUUUCAUCAGACAGCUCAACAUGUAUGGUUUCAGGAAAGUGGUCCACAUCGAGCAGGGGGGUCUGGUGAAACCAGAGAAAGACGACACCGAGUUCCAGCAUCAGUUCUUCAUCAGAGGACAGGAAGGACUGCUGGACAACAUCAAACGGAAAGUUACCACGGUGGCGUCGGUGCGUCAGGAUGAAGCCAAGAUAGCUGCCGACGACGUGCACAGGAUCCUGAAUGACGUGCAGCUGAUCAAAGGGAAGCAGGAGACCAUCGACUCCAGGAUCAGCUCCAUGAAACAUGAGAACGAGGCUCUGUGGAGAGAGGUGGCCAGUCUGAGACAGAAACACCUUCAGCAACAGAAAGUUGUCAACAAGCUGAUCCAGUUCCUGGUUUCUCUCGUCCAGUCCAACAGGAUCAUGGGAGUCAAGAGGAAGAUUCCUCUGAUGCUCAGUGACUCUAGCUCCGCCCACUCCAUGCCCAAAUACAGCCGCCAGCUCUCAUUGGAGCACAUGCAGGCCAGUCUGCUGUCAGCUGACUCUCUGGUGACCUCUGGACCAAUCGUCUCUGACAUCACAGAAUUGUCACGCCACAGCGGGAGCGUGAUCAGUGAUUGGAUGGAUGAAGGUGACAGCCAAUCGGUGCAGGUGAAAGAGGAGCCGCUCAGUCCCGUCCUGGAGGGCGGAGACACACCUGUGGACACGCCCCUCUCGCCCACCACCUUCAUCAACUCCAUCCUGCAGGAGAACGACACGCAGACGCCCCCCUCUACAGAUCCCGCAGCAGUCAGUCCCAUUGUUGUGAUGGACCCCUCCUCUGCGGGGCCCCUCCCAACAGCCACACCCAGCCAAUCGCCUGCCUCCGUUCCCACCCCGAACUCUGCGCCCUGUCCCUCCAAACAGCAGAGUUGUCAGACCAUCGCCUGCAUCGACAGACCCCGCCCGCCUCCCUCUGCAGGUGGACUCUCACCUGACGUUUGGCGCGUCGUUCCAACACGAACUGAUAUAUCUGAACUGUCCAAUCACGUGGAUUGUAUUGACAACAGUCUGGAGAACCUACAGAGCCUCCUGAACAAUCAGACCUUCACCUUCGACACGUCCCCGCUGAUGGAGUUCUUCAGUUCAUCUGGUUUUUCUGGAGAUUUUGACGUCGACAGUUUGGACAAUCUGCUGUCUGAUGACAUCCCAAACGGAGGCGAUGACAGCGUCGACACAGGGAAGCAGCUGGUGCACUACAUGUCCGCCCCCGUCCUGCUGGAGGCGGAGCCGCCCGCAGAUGACCCCCCCGCCGCACUGCUAAGCCCCGCCCAUCUGCUCUCUGACCUCUGACAUCAUCCACCAGGCGCCACAGGAUGAAAUCAGUUUUUAUUAUUAUUAUUGUUAUGCAGAUAUUAACCAGUUUGUCUUCUUCUACUCUUUUUACUUUAGCUUUUUCUUCUACGCUGCUUUCAUUGAGUCAUUUUGUUUCCAGCUGUUUCCAUGGCUACAGUCCAGCUGUUUCCAUGGCUACAGUGCAGC